AUGCCUAUUGCACAGUUACUAGUUGGCAAGGUCGCUGCCAUCACCGGCGGUCUCACAGGAAUCGGCAGAGCAAUCGCCCUUGAUUAUCUCCGCCACGGAGCCAAUGUUUCAAUCAGCCAUCUCGGCGGUGCAAAGGAAGACACCCUCCUGGAAGCUCUCCGCAAGGAUGUAAACGAGAUCGAAGCCGGGGCCAGCGAGACCCGAUUCCUCACAGUAUCAGGUGAUAUUUCCCAGCCAGAGACGGGCCAGAAUUUCGUCGCCAGGACAGUCGAGAAAUUCGGCCGUCUCGACGUAUUCGUGAGCAACGCCGGCGUGUGCCAAUUUGCGGAAUUCUUAGAACUUGAGCCCUCCCUCCUGAACCACACAAUCUCAACAAACCUCUCAGGUGCCUUCUACGCCACCCAAGCCGCGGCUCGCCAAAUGGCACAAGUGCAGUCUCCAUCGGGCGGCUCAAUCAUCGGUGUAAGCUCGAUCUCCGCGCUGGUCGGCGGUGGCCAGCAGACUCACUACACGCCCACCAAGGCUGGUAUAUUGAGUCUGAUGCAGUCAUGUGCGGUGGCGCUAGGCAAGUAUGGCAUUCGUUGUAAUGCGCUGUUGCCUGGUACAAUUCGUACACAACUCAACGAGGAGGACAUGAAGGAUCCUGUUAAGCGGGCUUAUAUGGAAGGUCGGAUUCCUCUUGGACGCCUUGGGCAGCCGCCUGAUUUGGCUGGACCGGCUGUUUUCUUGGCUUGUGAGGAGUUGAGUAGCUAUGUGACUGGUGCGCAGUUAUUAGUUGACGGUGGAUUGUUCGUUAAUCUGCAGUAA